AUGGGUCAGUUUUAUGACUCUUGUCCACAGAACCUGCUCGAAUGGAUUCAGAAGCAGCACCUAUUCUGGGUCGCGACAGCGCCGCUUUCUCCCGACGGACAUGUCAAUUUAUCUCCGAAAGGAGCCUUUGACUGCUUCCAUGUUGUUGGGCCAAACAAGGUCUGGUAUGAAGAUAUUACUGGAAGUGGUAAUGAAACUAUCGCGCAUAUUCGCGAAAAUAAACGCAUUACGAUCAUGUUUUGCGCUUUUGAUGGUCCACCUCGUAUUGUAAGGCUGUUCGGGACAGGUCAAAUAUACGAAUAUGGAUCCCCAGAGUAUAACGGACUAAUACCGAAGGACAAGCGCAAACCGGGUUCGAGAUCUGCAAUUACCGUCGAUGUCCAUAAAGUAGGAUCAUCCUGUGGAUACUCCGUCCCAUAUUACGACUUUCGAGGAGAGCGCACCUUGCUUAUGGAAUAUUAUCAAAAGGUCGAGGCGAGGGGUGACCCAACAACUCUGGAACCACGAACGGAUAAGGGUCUACGGGAGUACUGGGCAACCCACAAUACAAAGAGCAUUGAUGGCCUUCCAGGAGUUACGUGUGCACUCGACGCACCCGAUAUGCCAACAAAUAAGUGGGACAAAGCAGAGGAACUUGCACGUAGUAAGGAGAAGGCCGCAAUGAACCAGAAUAAGAAGGCCGAAAUAGACUUGGGAGGUAGCAAAUUGCAUUCUGCUGAGAUGAGUGCGAUGAGUACGAAACUUGUUGGUGCAUUCACUAUGGGUGUCUUUACCGCACUCCUAAGCGUGAAGAUGUCUGGCUUGAUUGUCUAAUUAGCUUCAGAAGCCUUCAGAUGACCUAUGUAACGUGUACAGUGACGGUUAUGUUAUGUAUACUAGGAACGGUUUCUUCUGUCAUUUUGACCUGACGUGAUCGUCAUGCAAAAAUAAAUACUACUAUGUUAA